AUGGCCGAAGAUACCGUCGUCCAGUUUGAGGGCCUUCCAACCGAGGUCCUCCUUCAAAUACUAACGCAGAUUGACGAUCUCCAUUGCCUCUGGAACCUCCUCACCUCCUCGCCCAUCGCGAGCCGGGUGUUCAAUCAGUUAAAGAACGAAGUCUUUUGGCCUGCUAUAACAGAAAACAACUUACCGUCCCAGACACAGAAGGUCAUACGAUGCAUCAUCUCAAUACGGGCAGGCGCUUAUCAGAACACCCCUCAACACACACUUGCCGCCAGGAUCAGUGACCGCGAAGCCGGCAUCGUCCUCGGCCAGAGCUCGGAUGCAGAUUACAUUCUGCCGACCAUGGAUAUAUCAAAGUCUCCCAAUGUGAGCGUCAUGCGGUCGGUCCUCGCUACAGCCAGUCGAAUUCACUCCCUGAGCCGCCUUUGCAUCAACCACUACAUUGCCAGUCUUGCGGCUGCGAGGAUAGAAGGCCGGCUGGACGCACCGGAUAUUUCUGCUUGCGAUGAUGAGCUAUCGUGGGUUGAAGAGCAGCGGAUGAUUCGGGCGUUCUGGCGGAUUCAAGUCGUGCUCGAAAUGAACUUGGCAGCACGCAAGUCCCAGUUACUCAGCACGGAAGGGGAGGAGAAGGACUUGAAACCAAAGGUUCUUGAUAUCCGAUCGUUUUACGACAGUACCAGCACCAACUUCAAGGCUGCCUACCAUGAAGUAAUGACAGCGAUAGACUACCUCACAGCCUUUGUCGACUCCAAGUCCGAUGGUGGUACGGCGCUUGUGGAUCGAAUGCCGCCGCCUGACCUCCCUAUCGAAGACAUAUCACCAUCGAGCAGAGGAAUGCCCGCCACCUCCGACACUCGAAGAUCCGCACUGGUGUUGCCGGCGGAUAGUCUAUGGAUUGUAGAUAGCAUGGGGAGAAAUGCGCACUCGCCGAUGAAGUAUGCUGGAUUUGAACCUUACAGAAACAUGGGAUUUGCAAUUUGGGACCGACAUAGACUCGCAAAGUUGGGCUUGGCUAGUCCGCCGGGCCAUGGCCGUGUUACAGGGCUAGGCUCUUAUUUCUCGUCGUGGGUAAAGUUGUUAAGUCCUGAGGAUAUGGCUCGAGCUGAAGGCAAAAUGAGAGAAGCAGAGUAUCGAGGUGGACGGCUGGAUCCGUUGCAGCCUAUGAUCCAAGAUAAUGCAUCCUAG